UUGAAGAUAUUACAACAAGUUUGAUUACAACAAGUUUGAUUUGUUUGACUCAUCUUUGUCAAAUCUUAAAUUUCAAUCUUAGGGUCUGUUUGUUGUAGGCAAAUCUUGAAGAUAUUGGUAUGGACAUGGCAGACUUAAAGACACUUAACUACGAUGAUCUCGAUAAUUUUUCAAAGCUACAAAAAAGUCAGAGAUAUGCUGAUAUAAUACAAAAAGUGGAAGAGGCUCUUGAGAAAGGAACUGUAUUAGAGUACAAGAAGCUAAUCGAGGAUUGUAAUCAGCUCUUAGUUGAUAUUGAGAAUGAAAUAGUCAUCGUUCACAACUUUAUCCGUGAGAAGUAUAGACUUAAGUUUCAAGAGCUUGAGUCGUUGGUUCAUCACCCAAUCGAUUAUGUUCGUGUUGUGAAAAGAAUUGGCAAUGAGAUGGACUUAACCCUUGUUGAUCUUGAAGGCCUUCUUCCAUCAGCUAUGAUCAUGGUUGUUUCAGUUACUGCUUCAACCACGAAAGGUAACCAACUGCCUAAGGAUGUUCUGCUAAAAACGAUAGAUGCUUGUAAUCGGGCUCUAGAUCUUGAUUCCGCAAGGAAGAAGGUCCUUGACUUUGUUGAUUAUGUCAUUGUGUGUGACACAUACUGACAUACAUCUAAACUUAAUGUGCUUCUAUUCAUAGCCAUCUCAUGCUUCGGAAACACCGUCCUCCUCUGCAUCUGGAUCGAAGUCUGUGGAAAACAUAAAGCCUAUCAUUCCUCAUGAUUUGCAUAUGACUUAAGUUUCUACAAAGGGUGUUGUGAUUCUCUGUUUUCACCUCUUUCUUCACGUCUCUCUCUUUGUUUCACUCUCUGUUUUGUUCUUGUUUAGAGACAAACACAAAUGAUGUAACUCUGUUUAUCUUUGUCUUUAACUUACGAGAGUUACGACCUAUUAGUUCUGUUAUACCCAAACGAGACUCGAACUCCUAUUGUUACAAAAAGUUAUACUAAGACCACUCUAGUUUUUUUUGAGGUAUUAAUCGACUUCUCAACAAUCUAAUGGUUUCCCAAUUGGUCAUAAGUAUUAUAAUUAUAUCUUCUAAACACCCAAGAAAGUAGCAGCCAUCAACUUAAUACUCUAAACUUGCUUUCUCUAUAUAGUUGCAGACCGAGCCAUCUAAAGUAGCCAGCGACCUAAGCCCGGGCGGUCACAAGAGUUUCUUGUAAACAUGGUUUUGAAGAAACUAAAAUGGUAAAGGUAAUGGUGUAAUAGAAGAUUAGGAUUUGCAAAAGAGUAAAUCUUAUGGCGGUUGAAAUAAUAUAAAACAGAAGAUUUGGUUCUCGAAAGAGCGGCAACUAAACGGAUAGGUGGCGGUUUGAAAUCUGCGGUUGGCUAUAUAUAUAUAUAUAACUUUCUCACCAAACUUGUGCAGGACCAUGUUGUACGCAUU